UUACUUAGUUAUGUUUAUUCCAAAUUGUUUGUUUCGGUAUAAUUUUUGCAAAAUAUUAAAGAAUAUAUACUUGCGUAAAUAAGAAUAUUACUUUCAAAGUCGAAACAAUCAUAUAAACAUUGAUGUAGGAGCAUUAUAAAUUCAUAAUUUUAUUUUGUAUACUUUGUUUGAUAGAGAAAUGAACAUCUUUUUGCCCAUUAGCAGUUGGUAGAUAAUGGUAUUAUAUCAUGAGACGUAAUUUGAUAUGCCAGUUCUGUUAGAUGGGAACACUAUCUGCUUCGCAUGUAUAUACAAGUUUCCGGUGAACCAAAAUAAGAAGAGAAACCUUUGUUUGAGUUAAUGAAUUAAAAACUAUUUGAAAGUGAUCUGUGGAACAGUAUAAUUCAGAGAGAUGAGGACGGAAGUUACAGAGUCACAACCUUUCAAAAACUUAAAAGAAUUAUUCGAUAACGUGGGUAACUUGAAACCAUGGCCAGAAAUUGGAGAACUACGAGAUUCAACUGAUUAUGUGUACAGUGGUUUAGAAAUAAGCGCAGGAAGAACACGGUUAGAAAAAUUGGAUAGAGAAGUACAUCCGAAAACGUUGCUCUGUCAUGAUAUGAAAGGUGGCUACCUAGAAGACAGAUUUAUAUAUGGAUCAGAAUCUUAUGAUUCUUACCUAUUUUAUCACUGGAGUGUUAUUGACACUUUUGUGUAUUUUAGUCAUCAUUUCAUAACUGUGCCCCCUUUUGGAUGGAUUAAUGCAGCACAUAAUCAUGGUGUAAAAGUUCUUGGUACUGUAAUUAUGGAAAGAGAAGGUAUCUGGGAUGUUAUACUUGAAUCUCAUGAAGAAGUAAGAAGAUUUGCAGAUGCACUAAUACUUGUUGCAAAAUUUUAUAAGUUUGAUGGCUGGUUAUUAAAUAUUGAAAAUACCAUUAAAAGUGAGCAAGUUAAUAAUUUAAUUUAUUUUGUAAAAUAUCUAACAGAAAAUAUUCAUGAAGCAAUUAGAAAUUCUGAAAUUAUAUGGUACGAUAGCGUAACCAAUGAAGGAAAAUUAAAUUGGCAAAAUGAGCUUAACAGUAAAAACAUAGAUUUCUUUUUAAACUGCGAUGCCAUUUACUUGAAUUAUAACUGGACGAAAUCAAAAUUGAAAAACAGUUUGGCAGUAGCAAAAACUCACAGUCGAGAUAUUCAUGAUAUAUAUGUAGGAGUUGAUGUUUGGGGUAGAGGUUGUCCUGGCGGUGGUGGAUUUAAUUCAUCAUAUGCUUUACAAAAAAUACGACACGAAGGACUUUCUGUUGCACUUUUUGGUCCAGGUUGGACUCACGAAUUUUUCGGAUCUAAGACAUUCCAAGAAGUAGAAGAUCUAUUUUGGGCACAGUUGUUUCCUUAUUUAUAUGUUCAUGUAUCUAUCUACGAAGAAGAAGUAUUCAAAACAUCAUUUUGCCGUGGCAGUGGUAGCAUGUAUUAUCGCUGUGGUCAGUUUAUGCAGGCACUAUAUGAAAGGGAUGGAAAAAGAUUUAAACACAAACCAUUUUACAAUUUAUCCCUGCAAGAUCCACAAAUUUCAGUACCUAUACCGCACAUGAAAUUUACAUCAUCGCCUCAACUUCCAGAACCGAAAAGUGAAAACGAUCGAAAUGAGUGUUCAGAAGAACCGAUACAUUAUGUUUAUGAAACGAGAAAGAAUGUUGUUCGAGUAUUAAAAAAUGUUGUAAAUAUUGAAAAUAAAAUGCCAAUGCUAUAUGUAAAUAGCUUCGAAUUUUGCAGCGAGUUCUCUUUCAGAGGUGGUGGUUGCAUAGAAUUAACUACAAAUGAUCUUACAACUAGGUCAUAUCACAGACUAUUUCUCGUUCACAUCGAAUUUCAACAAGACAUUGUAGCAAUCAUUGCUUAUAAAAAAAUGGAGUCGUCCAUAGCAAAUGGAAGUCAACCCGAACCAAUGCUAGUUCUCGGCAAUAAUACAGGCUUAAAAUCCAUCGUUCAUUAUAAAUCAAGGAAUUUGGUUGCCAACUGGAAAAGAUGGAAGGGAAUACCGUGUGAGCGAGCCACUUCCGCAUUCGACCGGAAACUGCAAUGAGUACAGCUGUGGAUCCGAGGGCCACGCUGAGUGUUCGCCAGAGGACUGCGUGCCCCUUCUCCCCAAGAUACCACUUGCAUCAGAUAUAUCGGACGCACCAGAAGACGAUUUCGAAAUUUUCAACCGUGCCAGGGAUCAAGAAAUCGACGAGAACUUCUAAAGAACGAUUAUCGGCUGUUUCAUGAAAUUUUCGAACGCGUGACUCGCGAGAGACUCGGCUUUCACGUAAUCGCGGUCUUCUACGUGUUUCGCCUUUACCUAUUAAGCUUUUCUUCCUUAUUCGGAAUUUGUUGAUCGAUAUGAAUUAUACGCGAAGAUUGAACAAUGUUAAUCAUUACGUUAACGUUAAAAUGAAUUAUUUAAAUUUGUGUGGUUUUUCUGAUUUUGAAAAUGACGAAUGAAGAGUUAGUAUUGUAUAUAUACGUGAAUCAUAGUUUAAUUUUCAUGAAAAUGGGUCAGGCAGUUCAUUUUUCUCGUGCGUCUUUCAAUCAUUCCAUAAACUAUUGUGUCUGUCUUGUAUCCGUGGGAUCCCGUGUCCGCUUAAAAAUGGUUGUAUGCUAAAUAAAAGAAAAUCCUACGGUA